AUGCAGCGCGCGCGUUGCGUCAUAGGAGAGGGCCGAUGAUGGCGGCGCUCGGUGCAUCUGAAGUGAUCACACAACUGGAAAGCGCUGCCAAAGUUUUAAUGGCACCGCCGUCCAUGGUCAGCACAGAACAGAGACAACACGCUGAACAUGUUUUCCUCUCAUUCAGAAAGUCCAAAUCCCCAUUUGCCAUCUGCAAGCACAUCCUGGAGACCAGUAAGGUGGACUAUGUGCUGUUCCAGGCAGCCACAGCCGUCAUGGAGGCUGUGGUUCGGGAAUGGAUCCUGCUGGAGAAAACCAGCAUUGAAUCUCUGCGGGCUUUUCUCCUCACCUAUGUCUUACAGAGACCUAACCUGCAGAAGUAUGUCAGAGAGCAGAUCCUGCUGGCCGUGGCUGUCAUUGUGAAGAGAGGCUCUCUGGACAAAAGCAUCAACUGUAAAAGCAUUUUUCAUGAAGUGGGACAGCUCAUCAGCAGCGGGAACCCUACAGUGCAAACACUGGCCUGCUCCAUCCUGACGGCUCUGCUCAGUGAGUUCUCCAGCUCCAGUAAGACCAGCAGCAUUGGCCUCAGUAUGGAGUUUCAUGGGAACUGCAAGCGUCUGUUUCAGGARGACGGCCUGCGUCAGAUCUUUCUGAUGACCAUGGAGGUGCUGCAGGAGUUCAGUCGACGGGAGAACCUCAACGCUCAAAUGUCCUGUGUCUUUCAGCGCUACCUGGCACUGGCCAACCAGGUCCUCAGCUGGAACUUCCUGCCUCCCAAUCUGGGGCGCCACUACAUUGCCAUGUUCGAGGCCACACAGAACGUCACGCUCAAGCCUACGGAGUCCUGGAGGGAAGCGCUGCUGGACACCCGCGUCAUGGACCUCUUUUUUUCUAUACACAGGAAGAUUCGGGAGGACUCGGACAUGGCCCAGGACUCUCUUCAGUGCCUGGCCCAGCUGGCCUCCAUGCAUGGGCCUGUCUUCCCAGAUGAAAGUGCCCAGAUCUCGUACCUUGCCCACAUGGUGGAGGGCCUGCUCAGCAUGAUUAACGGGAUUGAGAUUGAAGACUCUGAGGCUGUGGGCAUCUCCAACAUCAUCUCAAAUCUGAUCACCAUGUUUCCUCGGAGCAUUUUAACAGCUCUGCCCAGCGAGCUCUUUACCUCCUUCAUCAACUGCCUCACGCUGCUCACCUGCUCGUUUGGACGCAGCGCCGCCCUGGAGGAGGUGUUGGAUAAAGACGACAUGGUUUACAUGGAGGCCUACGACAAGCUGCUGGAGUCGUGGCUUACUCUCGUUCAAGACGAAGAACACUUUCCCCGCGGCUGCUUCAUUCAGCCAGCAAUUCAGGUCUUCAACUCGUACAUCCAGUGUCACCUGGCUGCUCCUGAUGGUACUAGGAAUCUGUCGGUAAACGGCAUUUCAUCUCAUGAGGAAGAGGAGAUCAAUGAGCUUCAGGAGGAUGACAGAGAACUGUUCUCAGACCAGCUGUCAAGUAUUGGCACGCUGGGACGUGUGGCUGCUGAUCACUGCAUCCCCCUGCUCACAAGCCUGCUGGAGGACCGGGUCAACAGACUGCACGGCCAGCUCCAGAGAACCCAGCAGCACCUUAUGGCCUCAUCAGACCUGGGAUCAGUGGACCGCAAAGUCCUCGAUGACCUGUAUGAAGACAUCCACUGGCUCAUACUAGUCUCAGGGUAUCUGCUGGCAGAUGAUCCUCAGGGUGAAACCCCUCUGAUCCCCACAGAGGUGAUGGAGUUCUCCAUCAAACACUCGACAGAAGUCGACAUCAACAUAACGCUACAGAUCCUCGGGUCGCCRGGGGAAAAGGCCUCGUCCAUUCCAGGCUGCAACCGCACCGACUCCGUCAUCAGGCUGCUGUCUGCUGUGUUGAGGACGUCAGAAGUGGAGUCCAGGGCAACCAGAGCGAGCCUGACGGAGCUCCUGAGCCCACAGAUGGGAAAGGACAUUGUGUGGUUCCUCAGACGAUGGGCCAAGACGUACCUGCUGGUCGAUGAGAAGCUCUAUGAGCAGAUCAGCAUCCCCCUCAGCACGGCGUUUGGUGCAGACACAGAGGGUGCCCAGUGGAUUGUGGGAUACCUGCUGGAGAAGGUGAUCAACAACCUGUCUGUGUGGAGCUCCGAGACAGAACUGGCUAACGACACCGUGGAGCUGCUGGUGACGCUGGUGGAGAAGCGGGAGCGGGCCAACAUCGUGGUGCAGUGUGAGGGCUGGUGGAACCUGGCCAAGCAGUUCGCCAGCCGCAGCCCGCCCCUCCACCUGCUGUCCAGCUCCGUGCAGAGGUCCCUGAUGAAAGCUCUGGUCCUGGGGGGCUUCGCCAACAUGGACUCUGACACCAAGCAGCAAUACUGGGCAGAGGUGCUUCAUCCUCUACAGCAGCGUUUUCUCAACCUCAUCAAUCAGGAGAAUUUCGCUCAGAUCAGCCAGGAAGAGGCUGUCAAACAGGAAAUUGUCGCCACGUUGGAGGCGCUGUGCGGCAUCGCCGAGGCCACACAGAUCGACAACGUGGCGUCGCUUUUCUCUUUCCUCAUGGACUUCCUGUCCAGCUGCAUCGGUCUCAUGGAGGUUUACAGCAACACACCAGAGACAAUCAACCUCAUCAUUGAGGUUUUUGUAGAAGUGGCUCACAAGCAGAUCUGUUACCUGGGGGAGAAUGAGCUCAGAAAUCAGUCAGCUAUGUUUAGAGGCUCUGUCUCCUCUGGCUGAACAGUGUGCCAAAAACCAGGAGAAAGAUUCCCCCCUCUUCAUCGCCACCCGCCACUUCCUGAAGCUGGUGUUUGACAUGCUGGUGCUUCAGAAACACAACACAGAGAUGACUGUAGCAGCAGGAGAAGCUCUUUAUACACUCGUGUGCCUGCAUCAGGCGGAGUACUCUGAGCUGGUGGAGACCCUGCUCUCCUCUCAGAGAGACGCCAUCAUCUACCAGCGGCUGGCCGACGCCUUCAACAAGCUGAUGGCCAGCAGCACGCCGCCCACCAUGGACCGCAAGCAGAAACUCGCCUUCCUCAAGAGCCUGGAGGAGUUCGUGGCCAACGUGGGCGGCCUCCUCUGCGUCAAGUAGCCGCUAGACACCGCCGCGGCCUGGAGUCGAGCGCCGUGUGGAAAAGCAGCCAAUGGAAGGCCCACUUCCUGCUUCACCUGUGCUGACUGGGCGCAGCAGAGACGCUCUGGAGGAGCUGAGAGCUUCUUCUCACCUGAAUGUUCCCCUGUUUUCACCUGGGGGGGGGGGUCGUCUGUUAGUUUCUGUUUUCAGCCCUUAUGUUUUACACCUGCCUGUCCCGCUGCACCUCCUGCAUGAUUGACAGAUCUCAUGAUGACGUGGCGCUUCCCGUGGAGACGGAACCGGACGGACUCAAAGGUUUCCUCUCUGUCGGGUUCAAGGAACUGAGCAAAAACCAUCAUGAGUGGCACAACAGCAGCUGGUGCUCCUCCUCCUCCUCCUCAGGAGUCUGAAGGCUUCUGGAAUGUACACACAAACACACACACACACACCACAGUCCUUCCCAGAGUGCCUUUGUGUAGUUGAUUGAUGUGUGUGUGUGUUUGUGUAUGAAUGAAUCAUGGGAAAAGAGACAAUAAAUGACCGUGCCUGCCAACAGUCCACAGACACACACCAAAACGCAUGCACAAAGAGUUGCCAUGUUGMCAGAUGUGUUGCCGGUCCUCGCAGCACAAGGUGGUGUCCGCUUGUUGGUGACAACACAAAACCAAAAUCAGAUUGUUUCACUAAAGCGUAUAUACACAUAUAUACAGUGUGUAAAUAAAUAAAUGUAUGAUGUUUGAGCUGAAGCCUUCAGAAAUGUACGUUUUGAAGAAUGAGGACGACUGAAAUGUUUUUUAUACGCCAGCUGACGGCGACUUGUUAGAGUUCAGCUAAAGUGGGAGCAACUUUCUCUGUGUUGAUCUUCAGUUAGAUUGGGUUUUGUUUUUGUUUUUGUUUGUAGUUUCUAAGGCCCACUGUCUGCACUCAAACGAAGGCCUGACACGAGUCAGGCUUGUGGGACGAGGCAGGUUAGUUCCAGUAGUUUUUAUUUUCUCUGCAGCAGCACAUCAACAGUUCGACUCUUCAACACACACUGGAUUAUAGCAGAGACUGAAGGACAACAGCAGCAAACCAAAUAAAGGAGCAGAGCCACUUGGAGUCAGAAUCCACCUCGUUCUGAGCACUAACCCACUUGUAGAUGGCUGUUUUUGUUAAUGAAGUGUAAAAGUGUACAUAAAGUUGUUGUAUAAAAGGUU